GAUCAUGCUUGAAAGUUGUUUGUUGUUAUUCGAAAUGUGUGAUUUUUCACAAAAAGUAUUAAGGAUAUUUGUUUAAAGGAAUACUUUAAAUUACUUUGUGUGCCAUUUCUUUUUCUUGUAUUUAUUUGGUAGCACAGUUAAUUUCAGGUGAUUGUAUGGCAGUUUAAGGAAACAGUUCUGAAUAUUAUGGAAAAUUCACAGCAAUUGGGAGCUAUAUUUCAGGAAUUGUGUGCGACAUGUGGAUCCCCUUCAAAAUAUCGGUGCCCAAAAUGCUCUGUGCUCUCUUGCUCUUUGCAAUGCGUGAAUGCUCAUAAAGAAGAGAAUUCUUGCAAUGGGGUUCGAGACGAAACAACUUUUAUACCUGUGGAGGAAUACAGAGAAAAAGAUUUCCAAAGUGAUUAUCACUUUUUAGAAGAAGUUACUCGGAAAAUUGACAAUGCUCACAGGGCAAAGAAAAAUCACGGCUGCCUUAAUUAUUUACCUAUUAAUUUGUUUCGGAUGCAAAGAUCUGCUCGAAUGCGAGGCACAAAUCUAAGAAUUCUACCUUGUGUUUUUUCAAAAAGGAAAAAAAGUACAACUUAUUACAGAUAUCAUGACAGGAAGAUAUUUUGGGCUAUUGAGUGGAAGUUUCCUCAGAUCGAUUUGGAACAUUUUGAUGAAAGAGUGGAUGAAGAAGAGUUGCUGGGAAAAUGUUUAGAUAAAUUUUUAUUGCCACAAGGCUCUGCCGAUGAAGAUGAUAAAUUUUGCUUAUUAUCAAUCAAUGGGUCAUAAAGGAAUUGCCGUCUUAAUGAAAGAUGAAUAUGCACCUGCUAAUGUACUCAGGUUUCAUCAACUGAAACAAACAAAGAGUUUAAAGGAAAAUUUUAAGGGCAAAAAAAUAAUUGAAUUUCCAACAUUUCUUGUUGUACCAAAAAUGCAUUUAUGUGCAUUUAAUUUGUUUAAGAAAGAGAAAGAAGAAAGUUGAAAGUUUUUCUGGCAUUUUUGGACAUUUGUGUUGUGUAAAUAAAUUUUACUUUUUUUACAAAGUCAUAUGGGAAUAUUGAACUGUUUCAGA